CCUGUCAUGCUAUCAAAGUAUCGGCCAGUCUGCGACGGCCGGCAAAGUUUAUAAAAACCCAGCAGAGACGGAGAGAGAAGAGAGAUGGCAAAGAAGCCUGCAAAGUCGAAGAAGUCUCUCUCUGCGUCUUCCUCUGCUGACAAGGAAAAGGCAUUGAAGUUAAAAUCACCAGAGAAGAUGAAGAAGACUGUGAAGCCAAUUAGAGUUAGCGAAAUAGAAAAGAGACCAAAAAAUCCCAAGAAGCCAAAAGCCAAGCCGAAGAAGAAGACAAAGAAAGAGGAUGCCAACAAGCCCAAGAAACCCCCAACUGCUUUCUUCUUCUUCCUGGAGGAUUUUCGCAAGGAAUACCAGGAACAAAAUCCAGAUGUGAAGUCAAUGCGCGAUAUUGGCAAGGCAUGUGGGGAGAAGUGGAAAACAAUGACAUAUGAGGAAAAAGUUCAAUACUAUGACAUCGCCACAGAAAAGAGAGCAGAGUUCGAGGAGGCAAUGGCGGAGUAUAUCAAGAGAAAGGAAAGUGGUGAGGAUCAAGAAAGUGAAGAUUCGGAAUAUGAUGAGUAGAGUUAGUUGAGAGAAACAAUGUUGACUGGGAUUAGAGUAGAAGAGGGGGGUGUAGGGUUGUAUAUUAGCUCCAUAGGUCAACAACUAUCAUCUUUGUCAUCGAAACCAUCUCUGUAUCAAUUCCAAUGUAAAUUUGAUGCCCGCAAAUCAAAUUUCUAGUAAGGAAAACCUAUUGAUUGGGCUUGUUCUCAUUUUAACAAUAUUGCUAAGGUUAUCUCUAUGUUCUGGUU